ACGAAUUGCUCUGAUGAUUCUUUUAUUUAUCAGUUUGUUCUAAUUGCGUGUGGGUUAGUAUAGAUUAAAAACGUCAAAUCCUGUACAGUUUAGAUUGAAUGAUGCAAUUUAUAAGAUCAAGACGCGUUAGAGUGUGCCAUCAAAUAUGAAAUAUUUCGGAAAAUGACAAUAAUUUUUUUAUAUAUUUUAUUAACUAAUAAAUAUAACCUUUUGGUAUAAGCGUUUUAACCUUAACUUUCAAGCCGGUUGGAAAUAUUGUGCAUUCGGAAUGGCCUCAAAUGAACCUGGUACUGAUUCUGCAAGUACCCCAGAAAAGUUAUCAGUGUCUAUGCAACAGUGUUAUGAAAAUUAUAUAAUAGUUGAUAUUGGGGCAAACCUAACCAAUAAGAAAUAUGGUAGAGACUUGGAUUCCGUUAUACAGCGAGCAAAGGACGCUGGUGUCCAGAAGAUCAUGGUGACGGGAGCAUCCCUCCGUACAAGUAGAGAGGCCCUCCGACUAACUAGAAUAUAUCCAGGAACAUUAUAUUCAACUGCAGGAAUCCAUCCCCAUGAUGCAAAGUCAUGGAUGGACGGUUACCUCGAAGAACUACGAGAGAUGGCCAGGAGCCCCGAGUGUGUGGCUGUAGGCGAAUGUGGCUUGGAUUAUAAUCGUGAUUUCUCACCAGUUGAUAUUCAGAAGGAAGUUUUUGAAAAGCAGGUACAGUUGGCGUGUGAGCUUGGGAAGCCCCUAUUCCUGCAUGAACGAGAUGCUCACCAGGAUUUACUGGAUAUCCUAAAGAUUUAUAAGGACCGGUUGCCUGCGAUGGUUAUUCACUGCUUUACUGGAACAUCAGAACAGGCUCAUACCUAUCUGCAGAUGGGAAUGUAUCUGGGUAUGACAGGUUAUCUUUGCAAAGAUAAAUCCGACAACGGGGUCCGUAAGAUACUGGAAGACGGACUCAUUCCCCUGGACAGAUUGUUGGUGGAGACAGAUUCACCAUUUAUGUAUCCCAACACUCGCGCUUCGAAGCUGCCAGCGCACGUCAAGGAGGCUCUGACUGAGAGGUCUUUAACCUUCCUACAGCGAUACUGUACCUUCCAGCGCAAUGAGCCAUGUUCACUACCUGCCAUUGUAGAAAUGAUAGCUGCAUUUAUGAAGAAACCUGUUGAGGAGGUGGCCCUUGCAACGGCCUUCAAUGCGCUCAAGAUUUUUGGUCUCUCUCAGUGACCUUGAACUGUCUUAGCUCAUGGUAUUUCAGAGGUAGCUCAUUAAUCUGUUCUUCCACUGUAGUUUCUGUUGUAAAUUUUCGCGCAGGGUGCGUGUUGGAAUUAUUUAUCAUCUGGUAUUUUUUCAAGGAUGUAGGUUUUUAAUCAUAAAUGAACCCCUUGUAGUGAGGUUAUAUCCAUAUAUUUGUAUGUUUCAUAUUUAAAACAACUUGAUGGGUUAGAAAGAAAUUUGGUGUAAGAGAUCUGUUCUAAACAUUUGUUCGGUGAUGUAACUAUAAGCCACUAUCGAGUUUUUGUGACAGUAUGUACAGUAGUGUUACACAUUUGCUGUUUGUUGUUAUGUUUGAUUCUUUUUCAACAGCAGCUGCACCCGGUCAUUUCCCAUUUUUGACAGGAAUGUUCUUUCUUAGAUGUUUUUCUUUUUUGUGAAUGCAGAAUGCAACAAAGUUAUGUGAACAGUUAACAAAUUUUCACGCAUGCAGUCUUCUGUUCCGUGUUUAUCAUUUCUGUAUUUCCAUGUAUUAGGAGUAAUUCUGUGGUGGUUUUGAUUACCUUUUCUCGGAUCAGAGAAAUCCUAUAAAGUCAGGUUUUGGCAUAAUCUGUGUAAGGUGGUGGCAUGUUGACAGUUUAAUAAUAUUUUAACAAAUAUCCUGUAUUUUGAGCAAAAGGUGUCGGUACUGCGUGCCAGUGCUGCCAAAAAAAACAGCACCGUUCAUGGUAAUGUUUUACGCGGGUUUUAUUACUUCAACAACAUGACGAGAAAUUAGAGCGUUGUAAUUUUUAAUUAAAUGUUUUGCGACUUGAGUUCACCAUCUUAGCUGUGAUAUAUUUGUAUGUGGACGCGACUAUUGUAUCAUUAACCGACCAUAUCUGAGGAUGACUUCUAUCUAACUUGUUUUCUUGUAAAUUUUUGUCUGUAGUAUGUGGUUCAUCAGAUAGGCAAGUUUAGGAAAGGAAGUAAGUGAAUUGUGACACUUUCUCUGAUGUAUAACAAUUUUUCUGCCUUUGAAGAGACUUACCAGAGAAUAGUUUCGUGACAGCUGCAUACUGCCAUUUGAAGGUGUGCCUUAAAUUCCCCAUGAAAAUUUGUGUUCCUGAUCGAAAUACCUGCUCGUGUCCUUAAACUUUUAUACUGUAAACCUCUUGCUGCAGUGUAAAUUCAUCAGAUUAUUAUUAAUUCUUGAUUAUAUUAUUGUUAUUCUUAUUACCCAUGGCAGCAUAUAGCAUCAAAUCAUAAUAUAUUCUUCUUCUAUGGUU